GGCCCCGCUGCAGAGCGCAGCGCAGGGCGGCACAGCCAGACAGCCAGACAGGGCAAUUAAACCCUCCCCUGGCCAGCCCCUGACACUCCCUCCUGCAUUUUCCAGUCUGUGGUUACGGCGCUCAAAGGGUUCCAUUAAGUCACCAAGUUUUACAGGUUCCUUAAAAAAAAAAAAAAAAAAAGAAAAUGAAAAUGAAAAAAGGGGGGGUAGGGGGUGGGGGGAGGUGAGGGGGAGUGCGCGAGAGAAAAGUUUGGUCAUGGCAGGGAAUGUGUGAUCAAAGCUGAGCCCAAGCUUCCUGUUACACCGGGACUAUAUAUAUAUCGUGUCUUUAAUGUUGGGAAUGUAAGCAGCUGCUGGAGCCUGGCGCUGACUCUCUGCCUGAUUCCCAGCGCGCUGAGGUUUCUUCCACCGACCACAAUGAACAAGUUCCUGUGCUGCACGCUUGUGCUCUUGGACAUUUCUGUCAAGUGGACCAUCCAGGAUGACUCUCCCCCCAAGUAUCUCCACUACGACCCGGGGACAUCUCGGCAGCUGCUGUGUGACCAGUGUCCCCCCGGCAGCUACGUGAAGCGGCACUGCAGCGCCAGCAGCCCGACGCAGUGCGCUCCGUGCCCGGCUCAGUACUACGCCGACGAGUGGAACAGCAACGAGGAGUGCCAGUACUGCAGCACCGUCUGCAAGGAGCUGCAGUUCGUCCGGCAGGAGUGCUCCAGCACACAGAACCGCGUCUGCGAGUGCGUCCCGGGCAGGUACCUGGAGCUCGAGUUCUGCUUGAGGCACACGGAGUGUCCGCCCGGCUUCGGUGUUGCCCAGGCAGGUACCCCUGAGAGUGACACUGUAUGCGAGAGAUGUCCAGAGGGAUUUUUCUCAAAUGAAACCUCCUCCAAGGCAGCCUGUCUUAAGCACACAAACUGUAGUGCCCUGGGUUUCAAAAUAGCUUUGAAAGGAAAUGAGGUUCAUGACAACAUCUGUCAGGAAGGUACAGAUAUGACACCUCAAAAAUGUGGAAUAGAUGUAACUCUGUGUGAGGAGGCUAUGUUCAGGUUUGCUGUUCCUACUCAUCUUACACCUAACUGGCUGAACAUACUAGCUGACAGCUUGCCUGGGACAAAGGUUAGCACAGAAAAUAUUGAAAGGAUUAAACAAAGGCACAGCCCUCAAGAGCAGACCUUCCAGCUUUUGAAACUAUGGAAGCAGCAAAACAAAGAACAGGAUAUGGUCAAGAAGAUUAUCCAAGAUAUCGAUCUUUGUGAAAGCAGUGUCUUAAAGCAUGUUGGCCACCUGAACCUCACCUUUGAACAUCUCAACGUGCUGAUGGCAAGCUUACCAGGAAAGAAAGUGGGAAAAGAAGAUGUUGAGCGCACAAUGAAACUAUGUCAACCCACAGAGCAAGUUCUGAAGCUUCUCAAUCUGUGGAGAAUAAAGAAUGGUGACCAAGACACCAUUAAGGGUUUAAUGUAUGGACUGAAGCACUUGAAAAUGUACCACUUUCCAAAACGAGCCAUCCAGAGCCUGAAGAAGGUGAUUAAGUUUCUUCACAGAUUUACAAUGUAUAGAUUAUACCAGAAACUCUUUUUAGAAAUGGUAGGGAACCAACUGAAAUCUGUGAAAGUAAGAUGUGUCUAACUCAAGAUACGUUUCUUUCUCCACUGACUAUUUUUCCCUAAUUACUGCUAGCAGUAAUUAAACUGGAACAUUAUUUCACCACAUUUUGAUUUACUAUUUAUAGAAAUGCCUGACUGGAAUAGUUCUAAGUCUCCUGCCGUGGUUUUAAAGGUGUUUUUUGCUGGUUUUUUUUUUUUUUCUUUUGUUUUGUUUUUGUUUUUUCCUUUAAUAAAAAUCACUUUUGUAAAAGCUAUUAACCCAAUGGUAACACUAAGAGCCUGAUUCUGCAUUUUUGCACAUUCAGAGUCGAAAAGUCCCACUAUAGUCACUAGAGGAGAAAGGAAUGCCAGACCAGGCUCUACUCCAGUAUUUGCUAUUUAUAUUCUUCAAGGAAUAAACCUUUUUGUUGUACAUAUUUAUUAAAUUAAAUGGAAAUUGUUUGAGACUGAAUUUUAGGAAGAGAAUUGGAAAGCACACUGUAUAUUUUCUAGUUAAACAAAAAUGAUUCCAUAUAUUUUUCUGGCAAAAUUUUGUAGCAUGCCCUAAGAGUUAUUAAUUUCUUUACAUUUUGUAUUUAAAAAAUGUAUUAUUGCUUAGUAUUAUUUGUAUAAGUUGUGGUAUCUUUUGGUAAGGAUGUUUUAAUUUAUCCAAUGAGUUUAACUCAAAUAUGGUGAAAAUAUAGCUCAAGUGACCUGAAUAUUUAUAUAUUCUGUGAAGAAGUGAAUGUACCAUAUUUAAGAAGCUGGAUUUUUAUAUAGAAUUUCAUAAUCUUAUUUUAUAAAGCAAUUAAAUUUUUCAGUUUACUUUUUGA